AUGAUACGUCCAGCAUCUAAUUCUAGUACGACGUUGGGCAGAAUUGGUAUCAAUGUCCAACAAGUGCGUUUCUUGAAAAGAAAAUUAGCAUAUCCACAAGCAUAUAAACCUGAUGUGGCUCCAUUAACACAUAGGAAAAAGGAUCAUGCAAGUUAUUUCCAAAGACACUUAAAGGAAUGGUUAGGGCCUGUCAAUGCAAGAGGUGAAUACUACAGAAACAAAUACUACUACCCACCCCAAGACCACAAACCACGCUAUAUUGUUCCGGAUGGUAAUACGAUUGUUGAUCCAAGCAAACCGCAAUUAUCAGAAGACAGAAGAUUCAACGACGCAAAGAGAAACCCCUCAUUACAACCAUUUCCAUUUAAUCCUCAUUGCAGAACCGCAUCUGUUAUCUCUAAUGACUUGAAGUCCAAGAUCUAUGAAGAUGUCACUCAAAAUGGAAUGCACGCUCAGGAAGUUGCCCACAAAUAUGGGAUUAAAGUGACAAGAGUGGAAGCCAUUGUCAAGUUACAACAAAUAGAACACCAAUGGAAAGAAGAAAACUCUAUAACCGAAGACUUAAGCAAGUUUUCUGACGUCAUGUAUCGUAUGUUCCCAUUAUACGAACCACCAGUCGAAGCCGAAAACUUGACUGAAAUUCCUACUCCACAAAGAACCUUACAUCAACGUUUCUUAACUAUCUCUGAAUCCGAACCUUUCGGUCCUGUGGAUGCUGCGAAGUUGUUCGACUUGGAACCUGCCCAAGAAACCUUGAAUAAAUUGACCGAAUUCACUUCUGAUGAAGAGGCUGCUAAGGUUAAGCUUAACAAGGUAGUUGUAGGUACCGAAAAAGAAGGAGACAAGAAUGUCUUUAAAUUCACUAACUCUAAAUCUGGUGAUGUCGGUUUCCGUUACGGUGCCUCCAGAAGAGAUAGAAAGAAGGAUAGAUCCAUAGGUUUUGACCGUGAGGGCAGAAUGCUUUACACCUAA